CCCUGUGUUGUAAUGCUAAAGAGCUGUGCUGUUGUUGUUUUGUCAGUGCUUAUGUUUAUUUUCUUGCGUUUUAUUCCUAAAUUCUCCACGGUCCCGGCGUCUUUUAGACUCUUCUCCAGUUCAAGGGUUAUUAUGAAGUACUUAAAUCAAACAGAGGCUCAAAAUAUCGACCAAGAGUUGUUCAACGAAUAUGCCUUCAGUGUAGAUCAGUUGAUGGAGUUGGCAGGUCUAUCAGUAGCCGUUGCAUUAGCAAAGAGCUAUCCUUCAAAAGAUAGCGAAAAUAACAAAGUAUUGGUUGCAAGUGGACCGGGGAACAAUGGUGGUGAUGGUUUAGUUGCAGCGAGACAUCUGAAAAUGUUUGGUUUUCAGCCAUUCAUUUUCUAUCCAAAAAGACCCAACAAGCCAUUGAUGAAUAAUCUAGUAACACAAUGCCAAAAUAUGGACAUUCCUUUUCUUGACACUCUGCCGUCAUCGCAUGACAUCACAAACAACUACAAACUAGUUGUUGAUGCUAUUUUUGGGUUUAGUUUUAAAGGAAGUGUCCGUGCACCAUUUGAUGAUGUCCUGAAAACAUUUAAAGAUAUUGAAAUUCCUCUUUGUUCAGUGGAUGUUCCAUCAGGUUGGGAUGUUGAACAGGGCAAUCCAGACGGCCUACAGCCAGACUUCCUUAUAUCUUUAACUGCACCAAAGCUAUGUGCCAAGCAUUUCAAAGGACGUUACCACUGGCUUGGUGGGCGAUUCAUACCAAAAGCACUUUAUGAAAAGUACGAUUUACACCUUCCUGAAUAUCCUGGUACAGAUCCUUGUGUGCUUAUUGAAGAAUAGCUAUAUGGUGGAAUUUCUUGUAAACUAUAAUUUAGUGCUAAAAAAAAAUGACUGCCAACCGCGAACAAAGGGAACCUUGAAGUCAGAACAAUAAAAGACUCUGUACAGUUCGGCGAAAAUAAAGUUGUUGUAAUUAAGAAACAUUUUUGCAGCAGUUAUUUGCCUUCAUUGAAAAUUGUCUCUAACUUUUUCGGUUAUUUUGCAAGCUUUUUUAGACUUUUUAAUAUGCAUAAACUUCGAUUCGUGAUAUUGUAGAGAAUGAGUGAAUUUCAGGCCAAAGCUCUCGAAAAAUCAUAACGCUUCUACUUUGAGUACUAUAUGAAAAUGAAUGGUCCCAACUCAUUUGA